AUGCUAGACGAUUUGGUUUUGUCCCGCUGUCAGGGCGCCUCCGGCAAUUUAAUUAGCUGGUCGACAGACGGGUACAUUUCACUGCCCUUCCGCAAAGAGCUCUUUAUUUUACGGCCCAAAAGCUCAGAAGAUAUCUCUGAAAUAUCGGAUGUUUUCAGUUUGACAAGAUUAGGGGGUUCGAUAUCUGAACUGCCAAAUGCCCUUGAUGAGGUUGUUUGCACGGAUGAGGAGAUAUGUGUGGGUCAAUUGCAAGAUUCAGCAACCACCAGCGUGGUAGAAGCACGCUGGUCCGCCUCAGGGGUGGGAGAAAAUAAGCAGUGUGUAUUGAGUCUUGUCACAGAUACCGGGAACGCGUUCAUAUUAGAGCAGGAUGGAUUGAACAACUGGGAAGUGCGCCACAACGUGAUAGACGCUUUGAAAAAGGAUGAAAAAAUUGAUUUGCAGCGCAUUGUUAAGUACUCACAACUGAGACGGCUUCGAGUGAAGUCAAUUGGCUGGUUUCACCAUCUGCAUAGUUCGUUACUUAAGGCGCCAGUGUGGCCACUGGAAGUCUCGUCCACUUUUGUUUUAUGUACGGAGCACAACAGCGCAUGGCUUUACCGUAUGGGCGCUUCCCUCUCGCGGUUGCUUGAGAUACAGCUGCCAGCUACCAAAGUACGAAAAUGUGAGGUUUCCGACUGGACGAGAAACGGAGACUCGUUCGAGGCGUUUGUGGUUUUCGAACUGGUCACAAACGAGCUGCUAGCGCAGAAGAUAGAGUACAACAAGGAAUUUGUCGCAAAAGAACAGUUCAGCAUCCGUCCUCCAUCUCCAAUCCUUGUUUCGCAGUUCGCUCUCUCCACAUUCGAUGGCCGUUCCUACUGUACCAUAACGUCAGAUAUUUUGCAAUGUGUUCAGCUUUCCACAGGCAAGACGCUCUCGCACCCGCUUUCUUCUGUCGUGUCGAUAUCUUCAAUUAUCCAGAAAGAGAAUUUCCUAGUUCUCUCAAACGGCCAUAAAGAUUUGAUUUUCGGGACUGUGGAUUGGAACACCAACAAAAUUAUCUUAUAUGAGCACGAUUACCGCCGCUCUAUUCAAUAUGACCACCCGCUUGCCGCCAAAUUGAACGAGCUCAAUAAAGUUCGGCCGUUUCGUAUUAUGGCACUGUCUUACAACCCCACCAAAGACUUUAUUGCUCUGAUCCACGCGCAGCGGUCGCAAAACGCAAUAGACUCUAGAAACAUUUCGCUCAAGGAAGACUAUUCUUUGGCAAUCGUUCCUGUGAGCAAGCCUGCCACUCUACAGCUCUCUAGUAUCAACUACAGUCCGCCGUACAUUGAGCAACUGUGCGACUUGUGGCCUCAUGAUAACCUCAAGAGCCUCAAAAUCGAGACCCCGUCAGCACCAAAGCUACCCUCCGAUCUGAAGCUCGCGCUGUCUGAGCUGUACCUAUCCGAACAGAUACAGGGCUUGCGACUGGCAAAUCUCCUGCAAGCGCAUUCUUUCGACCCGGUUCUACUAAGGAUUCUUGCUCGUGCCGUCGUCAACCAUGUCUCUGCACACCACCCGCAGCUGGACGAUUGCGACACGCUUCUGUACAAUAACUAUCUACAAUUUCUUGGUCAGCCUCCCCUGACAUCGAAGAAGACCGUUACCCUCAGCAUCCCAGGACUCAAUGCGACCGAGACGUUCGCGCUGGAUGCACCAUUUGACCCCGACGCCAUAACCUCAGAGCAGAGCCAUACCUGGCUACGCUGCUCAGCUACGUUGCUUCCGCUGUUCACGACAAAACUGCUGGUGUGCGAAACUUCUGGAAAACGGGUCAUCUCACCAGCAUCUCCUCAUUUGGGGCCGCUGACCAAACAGGUUCUGGAAGGACUACAGAUUUGCUUUUUCAGUGGGGGGAGAUGGAUAAGAAGGUGA